UAAAAAUCUUGAAAAACAGAGCUAACCAUCAGUAGAGCAGCCAGCAACUGCCGCCAGGUGAAGAAGGAAACCACCAAAUCAAAUGGCGACGGAGCUAGAAGAAUUGAUUGGCUUUCUCUCAUCCCCUUCUCCUCCAGUGAAAAAAAUAGCGGUUGAUAUUGUUCGUGAUUAUACUGGUUCUGAGGAUGGCUUGGAAUCUCUUGGCAAGUAUUCUAAUGCUGUGCUUCCCUCUCUGUCUCGCCUUCUUGGUGAAAAAAAGGUGGUUUCUGAACCUGCGGCUCAAGCACUGGUAAAUCUGUCACAAAAGCCAGAGUUGGCAGCUAAGAUGGUUGAUAUGCAUAUGGUUAGGACAUCAAUGGAGACCCUGUUCAAGCAAGAUUGUGAAAUCACAAGUCUGCUAAUUAUGCUCCUUGUUAAUCUCACACAGCUGGAUGCUGGAAUUGAUUCUUUGCUUCAGCCUGCAGAUGAGAAGAUGCAUGGCUUAUAUGUCAUGAAACUUGUGAGAUCAUUUUGUUCGUCCUCCUAUGAGAGAAAAGUUGAUCCCUUUGAACAUGUGGCUUCUGUACUUGUCAACAUUUCUAAGAAGGAACAGGGCAGAAAGCUUCUGCUUGAUCAAAAACGAUGCCUUCUAAAGCAAAUAGUCCGGCAUGAUUCUAAGAGCUUGUUGCGAAAGAGAGGGGUUGCAGGAACCAUCCGCAACUGCUGCUUUGAAGCUGAGAAUCAACUGCAAGAUUUGCUUCUGAUUUCUGAAUUCUUAUGGCCAGCUCUGCUCCUACCUGUUGCUGGAAAUAAGGUUUAUAGUGAGGAAGACACUCGAAAAAUGCCACUAGAGCUUGCAAGUGCACUCUCAAUCGAACGAGAACACAUUACUGAUCCUGAAAUUCGUGUACAGGCGCUAGAGGCUAUUUAUUUGCUCAUAUUACAGGAAGCAGGCAGAAGAGCAUUUUGGUCAGUGAAUGGUCCCCGGAUAUUGCAAGUUGGCUAUGCAGACGAGGAUGAUCCUAAAGCAAUGGAAGCAUAUGAGCGAGCUGGCUCCUUGCUGAUUCAAGAGAGUGGCCUCGAUGAAGAAUUAACAGAGACAUCUUCUUAGACAUCCUGCUUUCUUGCUGGUUUUGAUAGUGCGAUAUCAACGAGUUCAAACAAUCAAUCCAGACAGAAACUGCAGGUUGCUUCAAGCACACUAUAUAACUGGAUGGUCACAAGAGUACUUUGAAUUAUUAUUUUUUCGGUUUCUUGUAGCGGGGUUGGUUAUGGUCCUCUAAAAGGUUGCUAUGUGAAGGACUCGGGUGGUGUAUUGGAGGUUAUUUUAUUAUAUAUACAAGGCAGGGCUUUUACUGCUGAAGGAACAAUAUAAGAUUGACAUUAAGAAUAUGAUUUCAGAUA